UGUGUGUGUGUGUGAGACAUACACACACGCACACCGCACUGAGAGGAAAGCAGAUCUUCCUGAGUGUCUCCUGCAGAAGACUGAAGACUGAACACACACACACACACACACACACACAAGCUCAUAUGUUGAUGUGUCGCUUAUAAUGCGCUUUUUCUUUUCUUUACCCGGAGAGGAAAUAAUGGGAUUUCUGAGCAGCAGAAAUGUUCAGUGAAUGUGAUGGAGCUGUGAAAAUUCCGCCAUUCAUCCGCUCUGGGGUGAUCCGAGUCACAAGCUCAUGGCCUGUUGAACACCAUUAGCCCUCGUCACAUCAGUCCAGGCAAGGUCAUCGUUUCCUUCAUUCUCCCAAUCCUCCCGUCCCUCAUCACCUCCUUAAACCUUGAGCGUAAGGCAGUCACGUACUUCCUUGUGGAAAGGUGUACCAUGGAAAGCCUGAGCGAGCUGCAGAACCCUCUGUUGGACAAGAACAGCAAGCACGUGGUCAAGGCCGACUACGGCUACAGGAGUGACUUCCCCAGCAGCCAGUACCAGGAGAACAUCAUCAACUACUUUGUGACCAGCAGCGGAGGCAGAGGUGGAGGAGGAGGAGUCGGAGGAGGUGGUGGUGGAGGAGUUGGAGGUCAGGUUGGGGUCACAGCCACAAAUGGUAAAGCUAAAGCUCAGCUCCUGGAUGCCACUUCCCUCCACCUGGCAGUGGAGGCUUUUUACAAGCCCAACUUCAUCCUGUACAAGGACGAUGUCACUGUCAAGGCCAAGGACUACAAAAGCGAGUGCUGUGAGACCACCUUCACUGAAAAAAAAGAGAAGGAGGUGUGCGUGGAGACGCCCAGUGCUGAAGAUCCGCAGGCGAAACUCCUGGACGAAAAUGAGGUGAAGAUCCAGACGGUGUCCUAUGAAGUGGAGGAGGAGGAAUACGUCGAGUACGAGACGGACUGCUCCAGCGACAGCGAGAGUGAAGAUAACUUCAUCGUCAUUCCUCCUCGUGAUCACCUGGGCCUGGCCAUCUUCUCCAUGCUCUGCUGUUUCUGGCCUCUGGGCAUCGCAGCCUUCUACUUCUCUCAGGGGACCAGCAAAGCCGUGACAAAGGGUGACUUCCCAAUGGCCAGCAUCGCAUCCAGACGAGCUCUGUUCCUGGCCGCUCUCUCCAUCACCAUCGGCACCGGGGUGUACGUGGGGGUCGUGGUGGCUCUCAUCGCCUACCUCUCCAAACCGGGUCAUAUAUAGCAGGAUUGAUAAGGGACUGGAAACUGCAGUAGCACCUCUGACAUUUCGGCAGACCUCCUUCUCACAAACACAUCCCCUUCUCAUUUCCUUUCACUCCAAGAGAAAGAGAGAGAGAAUUCAAAAGAGGACAUUUGGGAAAUCUUAGGAACUCUUUAUUAAAGGAGGACGAGAGGGAAUGCAGGGCUUGCACGGACGCGGUCUUGGGUCGUGCUGCAAACCGCCGCCUCUGUUUUUUUUAUUUUUUUUUUUUUGGGGCAGAAUUGCAGAGAAAAUAAACCAGAUGGUUUCUGAUUAAAGAAAUCCCGACAGACAACAUCGCAAAGGACAAAACAAAGGAACACAAGAACCUCUCUCUGAAGCUGAGCUCCGUUUUCAACAUGAAGAGAUAUAAAUCUACUUUUUUCUUUCUAUCGGCUCGGUUAAAUGCAUCGCCGGUGUCCAGGGUUCGAAGAUAUCCCUGCGUGAUACCGCAAACACUUUCCUGCUGUUGUGUGUGUGUGUGUGUGUGUGUGCUAACAUGCUAACAUGGCAUCUGAACAAAAUUGACUAAGGUUUGAGAAAAUCGAAUCCUCUUAUUAUAUGUUUACUUACCAAACCGAUAACGGCAUGAAUACUGACACCUGAACCGUGUUUCUUCAUAAAAAAAGAGAGGGAUGUCAUGGCUCGGCUCGGGGUUUAAAACACCACAUCAGUAUUCCUGUCUGAGAGAAACACACCUGCCUCUGCUGCUCUCUGCGCUCGUCCCUCUCGCUUAGGGCUUGGCUCGUGUUUCGUGUUUUGUAUUCUUUGUUUCUUGUUGUUCGUUCUGCCCAAACACAAAGCUCUGAUGUUCUCACCGCUAUGAUGACCGAGGUUCUGAAUCCUAACAGGCAGAAAACAAAAACACCUCCAACAUGUUUGAAUAAAAAAAAAAAAGUAUUGAUUUCGGAUUUGCUUCACAUUGUGUCAGUGUGGUUUACGCUCCGGCUCGGCAUUACUCCUGAAACACUGAUGGAAUAAGAGUAAUGAGAAACAAGGGUGCGUUCAAACUGUUAUUUGUUGUUAUUUGAAAAGAUGUUUUUUUUUUUGUUUUUUUUUUACCUGAGUGAUUUUCAAUUUCAGUCCUGUCCCACACCUGACAACACAUUUCACACAUAUUGUGUUGGAGCUUCGCAUUCUAACGUCACUAGUAUGAGUUAUCAUUCAUAAAUUAAAAAAAAAGAAGAGUCUUCUUUUUUCCCCCCAAUAAAAAACCUCAGAUCACAAAUCAACAUAUUAAUCUGGAAUGAUUGACAGUUGCAUAAGUGUCUUGAUCUCUCCUAUAUUAACUGACACCCUGGAAGCUCCGCCCCUUCCCCUCUUCUCACAUUAGUAAUGUUUUUUCCUCUUGAAUGAUGAACUGAUGUGGCGUCUUUGCUUUGUCACAGUAAACAGAGAAUGUUUUGAGUUCAUUAAUAUGAAAUAAAAUCCAUCAGUGUAUAUUCCGAUUAACUAACAUUACACACAUACGGUUUAUCGCUAAUGUCAGUUAACUAGAUUUAGAUGCGAGAUGUUCAGAAAUUUCAACCACUUUAAAGAGAAAGUGCCGUUUUUUUUCUGAAAGAGAAAAAGGACAAACAUUUUUACAGAAAAAUAAUUAAUUACAACAAAGUGUCAAAGUGUCAAACACUUUACAAACAAUGUUAAUGGUGAUGAUUAAAAUCUCUGCUUGCUCUUAAACAGUGAAAAUAUCAGCCAUGUGGAAACAUUUUAGGGUUUUUAUGAGGGACAUUACAUAAGCGAUUUGAAAAAAGGAAUAUAUUGUAAGUAAACUUUAUGUUUUUUAAUGUUUACUGAAUUUUAAAUAAUUCAAAAAUUGUUCUAAAAUUUCUCGAGGACAUUUUCAGAAAGCUUCAUUUUCCGUGACCGAAAAAAAGCUGUUUUCAUGUGGACACGCGAGAAUUGUGCGAGAAAAAAAAAAAAAAACGCUAGAGAGAAAACAUUCACUUUAAAAAGUAUCCAUAUACAUGUGGACGAGACCUAAGAGCAAACAAAAACACUAAAGUGUGGCGAGUACGAGGUCCACAGGAGUGCAAUUGAGAGCCGUUGCUUCAUAACUGACCCACAAUAGUGUCUGAUUUGUGUCUGAUUUGUGUCUGAUUUGUGUCUGAUUUGUGUCUGAUUUGUGUUUGAAUGUGAGCUCACGUUCAUACGAGCACAAACACAGUAAUGGGAUUGUAUUUCUCAGUGUGGUGCGGAACAAAAAGACGAGGUUUUGUUUUCAAAGCAUCUGUUCAAAUAGUUUAUAAUGUAUGGCAUGCCUCCAGGCAAAGCUGUGAUGGAGCGUGAACAUUAGCAUAAUGUUGGAGGCAGUGGGGUGAUGGUACAGAGGUGGGUUCCUCAUACACCAAGUUCAUUUGUGAGCAGGCUUUGGAACUACACUACUGAAAAAAAGAGUGCAUCAGUGGCUCUUUAAAUGGUUGCUUGAAGUGAGUCUGAAACGUGGAUCUACACUUUCAGUUGUAGGGUUCUAUAUAGAACUUUUAUAGAUUUCCCAAAAGGGAAAAAAGAACGCUUUGGGACUUUUGUUUGUUUGUUUGUUUGUUUGUUUGUUUUCCGAAUGCGUUGCUAGUGUGAACGCAGGCUUAAAACAUCAUUUGGGAACUAUUUUUGAAAUGCACUCAAAUCCCACCAUUCAGCCUUUACCUUCAACAUAACGAAUUCUCUGAGUUUGGAACCAAAUUGGAAAUUGCGCCAUUUGAAAAAAAAUAAUAAUAAAUCGUCACUUUAAAUGACCGGACUACAUCCAGGUGGUGCUGGUGUGCCAGAGGAAAGUUUCGAUGUCAUGUAUUUUGUUACGUCAUGUUUGUAUUGUGUAUUUUUAUUGCAAUAAUUAAGAGCAAGCUUGUAAACAAGUCACAAAGAUGUAAAGAAAUUGGCAUAACUAGGCUUUAAAAAAACAAAACACACUUUUUAGACGAAGAUGGAGAUUAUGAUUAUAAGGGGUCCAAGCACCGAAGGUGAAAUGACCACUGCUUUUGUUAGGAUUUUAUUAUUAUUAUUAUUAUUAUUAUUAGUAGUAUUAUUAUUAUUAUUAUUAUUUUUAUCCUCCGCAAUAGCAGAACAACCUGUAUGUGGUACAGAAAUGAAACUUGGGCAGUAGGUAUUAAUCCCUCUGGCUACUCAGGCAAGCGAGGUGAGUCUGAUUGGCCUGAUGGUGGUGUUACGGUGCAGUGCUUCAUAUUUAAGGCCACAUCUCAUGAAACAUAAGUCAUACAAUGGAAAUCCUUGGCUUCUGCCAAACAAAGCUAGAGAAAGCAAAGACUAAGCUAAUUUGCAUAAAAUGAUAAGGUAAGAUAAGAUAAACUUUACUGAUCCCACAGUGCCGAAAUUCACUUAUCACAGCAGCUCACAGACAGUUAAAGUGCAGGAAGAAAGAAAAGGAAGGAAGAAAGAAAAUUAAAACUAUAACUAUAUAUGCUCCCUUAGGAAUAAUAAAAGAAAUAAAAUUAUAUGAAAUUAUAUAAAAUUUAUAAAAAUAUUGCACAGAUGAAUAUCACAGUAAUGCAGUGUUGUAAGAAAUAAAAUUAUAUAAAAUUAUAAAAUAUUGCACAAAAUGGUGCUUGGACAUUGAAAAAUUGAAUCUUGUGGCUAUUAUUAUUAUCAUUCUCAUUAUUAUUAAUUUUAUUAUCAUUAUUAUUAUUAUUAUAUUUGUAAUGAUAUUUACAAAUAUAAGAGUUUAGAGUUUUCUUAUUUAAAUAAUAAUGAUAAAUGUUCAAAUUAAAUUUAUUUAAUCAAAAAAGUACAUGAAAAAGACUCCCACGUUCCCAGACAGCUCGAUCUUGCCGCAGGCUACAUGGCGUAGUUCUGGAGAUUGGCAUUUGUGUCCAUGUAAACAUUAAUAAUAAGACAAAAUAUCAAUGUAGCAUGUUUUGCAAAGUGACUCAUCUGUUAUCUGAACUCUGGAUGAUUGUCCUGUGUGGGCAAACAGGAGCUGAUGGCAUUGUCUCCGUUCACUCACACCUUAAAUGUCACCAUUUUAUCAAACGCAACACAAACAGCACAAAACAGAACAGAACAGAACAUUUGCUUUCUUUUGUUUGCCGAAGCCCUGGAAAAAAAUCUUUUCAAACAUCAGUGCAUGACUCAAACGCUCGAGCCUCUUCACAUCUCUAAGGACCUGUGACUCAUAAUUUGCUCUUUGCUGAUGUUGAUGCAAAAGUGGGCUUCAGUAAAUGUGUUUCCAUUACAACCACUGAAGCAUUGAAAGCCAACAUUAGGCACUUACAGUCUCGCAGCACGGCCAUCCACUAUACCUGCCAUUUACGCUUUACAAUUAGCUUCCCAUAAUGCUGUUCUCUGGAGCAUAACCACAAAUAGCACAAUGGAAUCACUUCUACAAAUAAGCUUAUAUUGUCUAGGGGAACUACUAAAGCCUGAUCUAUAUGUCUUUAGCUUAAAAGGAAUGAGACGAGCAACAAAAAAAUGGGUAACUUGCAAGCAAAGUAGGCGGCAAGUGCGCGGACUAGCGUUUGCUUUAUUAGCGCGAAUCUGAAAAUCAUAGUCAUACUAGGGUUCAAUACGCAGACUCACAGCAAGUACAUAGGAUAAUUCAUAAUCAUAAAAUAAGAAAACAGACACAGGACAAAACCAUAGAUGGUAAGACUUUCUCUUGCGACUAAUCAAUAGACACGAAACAGGUGAACACAGUCAGAUAACACAGCAAUGACAGGACAGGGGCGGAGUCAGGACUAGAUACAAAGCCACAUGGAAAUGUAAAGUAAAGCACAUGAUGCGAAACCCGAAACAAAACAAUCCGAAAGCAGACUGCGAUGUACGCAGAGAGACGGAAUGGUGUCAUGAUGCAAACCCAAUUUCAAUGGAUGUUUCUCUCGUAAGUAAGCACAAGGCAAUGUGAAAUCGAUGAUCUGAUCUUUAAAUCAAAUAUGAGUUAUAUUCACUUCAUUUAUUUUUAAAAUAAGUGUUCCUGUGUCUAUUAUGAUGUUUUUAUAGUGUUAUAUUGCUAUACUGUUAUAUGUUUUGCUUAUUUAUUUACUUUCUCUUUUAUUCAUUUAUUGAUUUAUUAAUUUUUAUUUUGGGUUAGUGCUUAUUGCUUCUUAAUAUGACCAACACUGUAUUUAAAAAAAAAAAAAUUUAAAUAUGUACUGUAUGUUUUACCUUGUGUUUUGUUUCAGUGUCACUCACGUGUUUUUGAGGCAGUAUGACGUGUUGGACCAAAAAAAUUGAAGUGAUUUAAGAAACGUUUCCUUUAAUGCGUAAAAAAAUACAUAAAACAGUAAGAGAGGUGUUUAAAAGGUCAUCAUAACGCUGGGGUGAUUUGUGUUCUCUAAGUAUUGUGUUUCUCUCUUUUUCAUGGCCAAAAUGUGCUCGUUACAGUGUGAGUCAAGAACAUGUAAAUACUGCAAAUAAAAGAUUACAAGGAUGCUGUAUAAAAUAAACCACGUUUCAGACAAAACAGAAAAGGACGUGAGAAUUUGGUUUGUGUCUAAAAGACCUUCACAUGCACAUUAUUUUAUUUAAUCAUUCCUGUAGCACCAGCAAUAGUUUCUCUAAAGACUAGAAAGUUCUCAUGCACAUACAGUACCACUUUAUAGGAAUAUUGCUGAGGGAUUAAGGGGAUUAACUCUAGAGCCUGACUGUAUAAAUCCUACUGCCAGAAAGUCAUUUCAGGAAUUAAGAUUGAAUCUGUUAAUAUCCACCAGAUUUAUUUUAAUAUUAGCACUGUUUCAGGUUUUGAAGAGAGUUACUUGUGGAAUAAGGCUGGGAAUUUAGUUUGGCAUUGUAUUAUUACUCCUGUUAUGCGAGGCGUCCCUCAGGGAUCGGCCAUAAGUCCUCUUUUGUUCUUAACCUUUCUGUUAUGUGAUGUCGUUGAUGGUUGCGGGUCAGUUCUGACCCUGUACGGCUAAAUCAUCUCAAAUCAGUCCUAAACAUAUUUUACUUUAAUACUUCAUUCGCCCAUCCACAACUUACAAGAUUAUUUUAUUUUCCAUAAUUCCCUCACUGACCUUAUAAUAAGCUGUUCGUUUUCAUUACAAAACACAUUAUAGAGCGUUUUAUUUAUGGAUUUAGGAGCCAUAUAAUCUAUUUGAUUACAGUAUCUCUUUCUAGCAUGUGUGUACUUCACAGAUAUUUUAUUUGUGUUCAUGACUUUCAGAAUUAGGAAUAAAUUCACAACUUUUAUUAACAGUAAAUUGUAAAGUGAGCCAUAAUCACUAUAUAGCCAAACGUUUGUGGAGAGCUGACCAUCACUCUUAUUUUGGACAGUGGAGUCCAAAAGUCUGACAGCACUAAAGAAAAUGCUUCUGUAACAACAAUUUUCAUUACAAAUUAUAUUAUUGACAACAACUUGAGUGAAAAGUAGACUCUCUGAAAUAUUCACAUGAAUUGCAGGGUUUCUUAAUAUUUGGUUCGUCCCCUUUUAGCUUUAAUGACAGUGUGCAUUCGAGCUGGCAUGGACUCUACAAGUUUGUAAAACCUGACGAUCCAUUUUAGAUCAAAUCCACCGGAGUGCCGUCUG